ACAGACCGCCAUUUUUGCCGCCGUCUGCUACGCGUGAGCCGAGCCUUCCCGCGUAUGGCUUCGUCAUCACGCGAUUCCACGAUUCCGUGCGAUAACUAAGUCGCGUCCAACGUUGAGCGGCUGUACUGACACAGCUUGUCUCCGACUGUCGCUGGCGAACGAUGAACUGCAUCACGUUGUGCGCGACUUUAGGAGUACUGGUCGUGUCGACGGUUGCCGCCGGAAGGACGUUUCGUUACGAUGUACCGAAUCGGCAGGAAGAAGAGGACGUCAACCAUUGGUCGCAGCUCGGUCUACGAGAGAUAACGUCGAGGAAUAGGCAUGUCCCGAAUACACGGAAAGCUCGCAAUCUCAUUCUCUUCCUGGGCGAUGGUAUGGGUCCAUCGACUGUAACAGCAGCACGUAUCUACAAGGGACAGCGGGUACUUAACGUUAGUGGUGAAGAGGCGACCCUUUCGUGGGACGAAUUUCCGCACGUCUCGCUCUCCAGGACCUACGGGUUGGACGUACAGACUUCGGAUUCUGCUAACACAGCCACAGCCUAUCUGUGCGGCAUCAAGGCAAACUUCGAAACCCUUGGCGUGAAUUACAAGAUAAAGAGCCACACAUGUCACAGCGAUACUGCCACGCAUGUUCCGAGCAUAAUGGCCUGGGCUCAGAAGGAAGGUUUGUGGACAGGCGUGGUAACGACGACCAGGAUUACCCACGCGACGCCUGCGGGAAGCUACGCCCAUUCAGGACAUCGCGACUGGGAAGCAGCUGUGCCUGAGGGUUGUGUAGCGAAGGACAUUGCCCAACAACUUAUUCAAGAUAGUCCUGGUCUAGGAUUCAGGGUUAUCAUGGGUGGAGGACGGAAGAUGUUCCUCGGUAAAGAUGCCACAGACGACGAGGGCCUACCUGGAGUCCGUCCUGACGGCAAGGACUUGAUCAAAGAGUGGGUGGAGUCCAGGAAAGCGCAAGGCAACGCUGCUUACAUCUGGAACAGGAAGCAACUGCUGUCUUUGGAUACUCAGAAGACUGACUUUGUUCUCGGGCUUUUCGCCAAUAACCAUGUGCCGUACGCCAUUGACCGAAUUAAUCUCACCGAACCUACACCUAGCCUGCCAGAGAUGACAAAAGCAGCCAUUGAAAUACUCAACCGAAGUCCUCGGGGAUUCGUUCUUUUAGUCGAAGGAGGCCGCAUUGACCACGCUCAUCAUGACAACAAGGGAGCUUACGCCUUGGAAGAGACGGUAGAAAUGGAUCAAGCUGUUGCUGAGACAAAGGAAUUCCUCAGCACUGACGACACGCUAAUCGUCGUCACGGCAGAUCAUUCGCACGUCUUCACUGUCGGCGGUUACCCAGAGAGGGGCAAGAAUAUACUUGGUAUUUCGUCGUACUCUGAUAUGGACCAUUACCCCGUGACAACUCUGGCGUACGCUAACGGACCUGGCUACAACGAGACGAAGGUUAACUACACGGAUUACGAAGCCACGGAUCCUCACUUCGUCCAGCGGACAAUAUUCCCGCUCCAAUGGGAGACCCACGGAGGCGAAGAAGUGGCCGUCUAUGCAGAAGGUCCCUGGGCUCACCUCUUUUCCGGCGUCCACGACCAAUCGUACAUUCCACACGCCAUGGCAUACGCGGCCUGCAUCGGACAGUUUGCUGGUGCCAGCUGCGAACUUCCCAGUUCAGCAACUCUGCCUUGGAUAUCCACGUGGGGGGCACUCGCCGUUUUUCUUGUGCACCUUGUGUCUACGCUGUCAGCAUGGCGUUCACCGUUUUAGGUGUGCGAGAAUAUGUACAGCUUGUUUGUUGGCAUUGAGCAUGGUGGGGAACUCUUCCGUGUGUGUCGUCCUUGUCCCUAUGCGUUCCCCAAAAUGUCCAGUUUUAGGAGCGUUGCUCCCCCCCCCCCCUCCUCCUCCAUGUUCCGAAGUGUUUUAUAAAUAGUCAAGUCUGAUGCGGGUGAACUCUUCGGGGAAAAACGUUCAAGACGAAAAGACGACAUUUUGAUGUCCCUGGGGUGUCCGGCGUAAACAGCGCGGCAUCAAAUAACGUUUGGCGGGAGCGACUGCGGAUCUCUGCCAUUCUACUACGCCAGGAUAACAACAUAGGAUAAAGAUAAAUGAUAAAGAUAAGGAAAUAAAUGGAAAGUGACUACA